AUGGUCUCCUUCACCAAGCUCAUCGCCGCCGGCCUCCUCGUCUCCAGUGCCGUGGCCGCCCCCCACGCCCACAAGCACUCCCAUGUGCACGUCACGAAGCGCUCCUCCAGCAAGCGCGGUGCCGCCUACAACGACGCCUCGACCGUCGAGACCCUGAGCAACAACGGCGCCAUCUCCUGGGCCUACGACUGGAACAUGGUCGCCUCGGGCACGCUGCCUUCGAACGUUGAGUUCGUCCCCAUGCUCUGGGGCAGCAAGAUGUUCGGCGAGUGGUUCACGACCAUCCAGACUCUGCUCGGCAGCGGCUGCAACUACAUCAUGGGCUUCAACGAGCCCGACCAGAGCUCCCAGGCCGCCAUGACCCCCUCCGAGGCCGCCGAGUCCUACGCCAAAUACAUCACGCCCUACAGCGGCAAGGCCAAGCUGGUGACGCCUGCCGUGACCAACGGCGGCGGCAACGACAUGGGUCUCGGCUGGAUGCGCCAGUUCCUCGACGCCUGCAGCGACUGCGGCAUGAGCGUGCUCGCCGUGCACUGGUACGGCGCCUCGGCCGACGAAUUCAAGAUCUUCGUCCAGGAGGCCCAGGAGCUCGCCUCCCAGUACAACCUCGAGGAAACCUGGGUCACGGAGUUCGCACUCAACAGCGCCAUGACGGCCGGCGCGGGCACCCAGGAAUCCACCGACUUCCUGAACGAGGUGGUCCCCUGGCUCGACUCGCAGAGCGGCAUCGGUCGCUAUGCCUACUACAUGUGUGCCGAUGGCUUCCUGCUGGAGGGCAGCGACCUGAGCGCCAGUGGAAAGGCCUACACCUACCAAUCCUGA